AUGCGACCCUCCCAAGCUCGAUCUUUCUCCCUUGCAGUCGCCUUCGGGCUUCUUCACAGCACUUCAACUGGCGCCCAGGACCCGUCUUCCAACCUCUGGGACCGUCUUGAGCGUGACAUUUCUGGUCGAGUCGCUAAGUUGGCGCCAUUCGCCUCUCCGUGCUACGAAGACUUCAAUUCCCCAGAAUGCACGCACGUCAGGGAAAUGUAUCUCGAUCCACAGUAUCGUUCUGGCAGGCCAAACGCUUAUAUCCAACCUCAGUGGGAAACCUGCCAAAACACAGAAACCCACUGUUUGCUCGACUCGGGCGACCCUCACAAUAUAAGCCCGACACUUGAUCGGACAUGUGGGCUCGGAAGUGUAUCAGAAUAUAUGAACUUGCAACAGAUUGAUGUCCAACAUCCAAACGAUGUCAGAGCCGCGUUCGCCUUCUCCAAACGCACGAAAGUGCCACUUGUCAUUAAGAACACUGGCCACGAUUACAAGGGCCGGAGCAGUGCUCCUGGAUCACUGGUAUUAUGGACCCACAACCUGAAACAGACAUCGUACGCAUCGGACUUUAGACCCCACGGCUGUGCCGCUGCGCAAACCCAGCCUGCGGUUACUUUGGGAGCUGGCGUUCAGUGGGCCGAAGCUUAUGCCUUUGCAGAACAACAUAACAUCACCCUCGUUGGAGGUGCCGAUCCGGCCGUUGGUGCAGGUGGAGGACAUGGUGCCCUGUCGAAUACCAUGGGUCUAGGCGUUGACCGAGUCCUGCAAUACAAAGUCAUGACACCUGACGGGAAACUCAGAAUCGCCAACGAGUGCCAAAAUGAAGACCUAUUCUGGGCUCUGCGUGGAGGAGGCGGAGGAACAUUCGGCGUCGUCCUCGAAGCCACAAUCCAAGCCUCUCCCCCAGUCAAGCUCCAAUCCGUCAUCAUAAGCUUCCAGCCAAACACCACCCGCACCAGGGAAGCAUGGACGCUCCUCGCCGAGAACGGGCUGAAGUGGUCACAGGAGGGAUGGGGAGGGUACUCCAACGCUGGUGCCGUCGUCCUCCUCAACCCCGUGUUGUCAAAGGAGGAUGCAGCUACUUCCGUCGCGCCUUUGCUCGAGUUUGGAAGGAAGGUUCAGGAAGAGGGAGGAGCGAGGUUGGUUGAGGUCGAGUUCCCGACUUGGGGCGCAUUCUUCAAUGUUUUUGCAAGGGAUUUUGCCGCUUCGUCAGGAAAGAACCUCGCCAUCGCCUCCCGCCUAAUCAACAAAUCCAACCUCCAAACACCCGCCAAGCAACAAGAACUCGUCGACGCCUUCCUCGCCACCGAAGCCGCCACACCAGGUCUCAUCCUCCUCAUGACCGCCCCAGCCUCCUUCCCUUCCACAGGCAAAACAAGCGUCACGGAGAAAUGGCGAGACAGCGUCUUCCAUACGACGCUGAUCUCGCAGUGGAACUGGAAUGCGACGAAGGAGGAGGUUAGGGAGCAGUAUAGGAGGGUUAGUGAGAGUGCGGAUAAUUUGAGGAGGAUCACGGAUGAUGCUGCGUAUUUGAACGAAGCGGAUGUUUAUGAGCCCAACUGGCAAGAAUCCUUCUGGGGCGAACACUACAACCGCCUCUUGCAGAUCAAGAACAAAUACGACCCUGAUCGUCUCCUCGACUGCUGGCAUUGCGUUGGCUGGGAGCCAUCCUCCCCUCGCUUCAGCUGUUAUCUGGACAAAUGGUAA